CCCCAGGGUCCUCCCGGGUCCUCUAGGCCAGCGGCUCUCGGAGGCACUCAAGAUGCGAGCGCAGACUCUCACACCGACCCGGGAGGGCGCGGGGCCCCCCGACCGAUGGGCGCAGGGACCCGCAGGCUCCGCACCCACCGCGGCUCCAGUUCCCCUCGCCCCACCUCCGACGUUCCCGGCGCCCCGCCCCCGGCACCCGGCGAAGGAAAGGGGCCUGGCCUCGCUAAGCCUGCCCCUUCACGCUCCCCAUUGGCUGUUGCGGUUGUCCAUCCAGAAUCUAUUUUUGAUGGGGGUGGGGGGUGCCACCCAGUCUGCCCCAAAUCACGUUUGCCGCCGGCAGCCAACCAGUCGGGCCCGAGUCCGCGGACUGGAAGCGAUUGAGGGCGAGGUAGCUCUGCCCCGCAGCCCCCGUCCGGGUGUUUCCCCGCCCCCCCCCGUGCGGGCCGGGGAGGUAUAUUCUGCCCUCCCCGCCAUCUCCUCGUGGGAGCGGAGAGGCGGCCUGACUGCAACGCAAGGGCGAAAUGUAGCGAGCCGGGGGUCGCAGCUGGACUCUCCUUGGCUGGGGGUGUGGAGGGGGCCACGCCGGGGGCUGAGGAAGACUGCGGAGGAGUGAUGAGAAGAGGGAGAACCCUGCACCCCCCCGAGACCACGGGCUCCUGCUACUUCUCGCCAGGCGCCCCCUUCCUCCGCAGCGAGGGGCAGGUGUUCCACACAGAUUCUCGUGACUUUGUGGACCAGGGAUUUUGGGGGGCACAAGGUCUCCCCAGGCAGGAAGGAAGGAAGGCCACAGGAGAGAAAGCAGCAGCUCUUCUGGGACCCAAGGAAGCCAGAGGCUGGAGAAGGAGCUGCAGCAGUACCUGGCCAGGGUUGCCAUCUGAAUGAUUUGGACUUGAGCUACUGAUUGUGAGGACACUUCCAGACUUGGCUGGGCUCUUCUGCUGUGGAUGCCCCCUGCACAGACGAAAACUGAGAACCAAAGAAGAUAAGAGGCCAGAUAAACUUCCUUCCAGGGCUAGCUGUCCGGCCAGAGUCAGGCGGCUGCACCCCUAGUGGCCAGCCUCAGAGUCUGGUGACACUGUGCUUGGUUCCUUCCAGCGUGGGGCUGCAGUGCUUGAUGGGGCUGCCUGUUGGUAGAUCAGCCUUCGCAGAGCCUGGUAGGAGCGGAGCGCCGUGGGAAGAGGUCCUGCGGCACCUACACCUGGGCUCAACCCAAGAUUAAGUGCUCUCCCAAGUCGGAGAGGGAGAGAGGAAGCAAAAAGGCAAAGAGGAAAGCUGCUCCCUGCUCCUCUUUCCUUCCCGUCAUGUCCUCUAAGCCAGAGCCAAAGGACGUCCACCAGCUGAAUGGAACUGGCCCUUCUGCCUCACCCUGCUCCGCAGAUGGCCCCGGGAGGGAGCCCUUGGCUGGGACCUCUGAGUUCCUAGGGCCUGAUGGAGCUGGGGUAGAGGUGGUGGUGCUUGAGUCCCGGGCCAAUGCCAAGGGAGUUCGGGAGGAGGACGCUCUACUGGAGAACGGGAGCCAGAGCAAUGAAAGUGAUGAUGUCAGCACUGACCGAGGCCCCGCACCCCCCUCCCCACUUAAGGAGACCUCCUUCUCCAUCGGGCUGCAAGUGUUGUUUCCUUUCCUUUUGGCGGGCUUCGGGACAGUGGCUGCAGGCAUGGUGCUGGACAUUGUGCAGCACUGGGAAGUCUUCCAGAAGGUGACGGAGGUCUUUAUCCUAGUACCUGCACUGCUGGGGCUGAAGGGGAACCUGGAAAUGACCCUGGCAUCAAGGCUGUCCACUGCAGCCAACAUCGGCCACAUGGACACUCCCAAGGAGCUCUGGAGGAUGAUCACGGGGAACAUGGCCCUCAUCCAGGUGCAGGCCACAGUGGUGGGCUUCCUGGCAUCCAUCGCAGCUGUUGUCUUUGGCUGGAUCCCCGAUGGCCAUUUCAGUAUCCCACAUGCCUUCCUGCUCUGUGCCAGCAGUGUGGCCACAGCCUUCAUUGCCUCACUGGUACUGGGUAUGAUCAUGAUUGGAGUCAUCAUCGGCUCUCGCAAGAUUGGCAUCAACCCAGACAACGUGGCCACACCCAUUGCUGCCAGCCUGGGUGACCUCAUCACCUUGGCACUACUCUCAGGCAUCAGCUGGGGACUCUACCUGGAGCAAAAUAAGUGGCAGUACAUCUACCCCCUGGUGUGUGCCUUCUUCGUGGCCCUGCUGCCUGUCUGGGUGGUGCUGGCCAGGCGGAGCCCAGCCACAAGGGAAGUGUUGUACUCGGGCUGGGAGCCUGUCAUCAUUGCCAUGGCCAUCAGCAGUGUGGGAGGCCUCAUCUUGGACAAGACUGUCUCAGACCCCAACUUUGCAGGGAUGGCAGUCUUCACACCUGUGAUCAACGGUGUUGGGGGCAAUCUGGUGGCCGUGCAGGCCAGCCGCAUCUCCACUUUCCUCCACAUGAAUGGGAUGCCAGGGGAGAACUCCGGUCAAGCUCCUCGCCGCUGCCCUAGCCCUUGUACCACCUUCUUCAGUCCUGAUGUGAAUUCUCGCUCCGCCCGGGUCCUCUUUCUCCUCGUGGUUCCAGGACACCUGGUGUUCCUCUACACCAUCAGCUGCAUGCAGGGCGGGCACACCACCCUCACACUCAUCUUCAUCAUCUUCUACAUGACAGCUGCACUCCUCCAGGUGCUGAUUCUCCUGUACAUCGCAGACUGGAUGGUGCACUGGAUGUGGGGCCGGGGCCUGGACCCCGACAACUUCUCCAUCCCGUACUUGACAGCUCUGGGGGACCUGCUUGGCACUGGGCUCCUGGCACUCAGCUUCCAUGUCCUCUGGCUCAUCGGGGACCGAGACACAGAUGUUGGGGACUAACUUGGUCACUCAGCCUUCUUCCUGCCCCUUUGCACUUUCUAUUGAAGUUUUUUUUGUCCCCCUCCCCCAUCGCGUGCCACACUCCCCUCUCUUUUUAGAACUUCACUUUGAUACUGAAUUCUCAUUAUUUUCAAUGAGAAUUUUUAUACAUUGAGCCAAGUUUAUAGAGCAAGAAUUCAGGAAGGAUAGGUGGACUGAGAUAAGCAGUACAAGAAUCCCUCACACACACCACUUUCCUUUUUUUUUGAGACAAUCACCAAGUAUAGUUUCAUGGUGGGAGCCCUCAGGUGAGGUGGGAUCUGGGGACAUUUGGUUUAACUUUAGCAACCUCAGUCUUGACCCUAAUGAGAAGCCCUGUGUUCAGUGAGUAGGCUCUGGCUUUAAGAUUUUGUUUCUUUUGGAUUGAACAGAGGAACCAAUAUCACCCACCCCAGGAGCCACACAUCUUCUAGACAUGAAUGAAUGAGCUUCAGAGCACUAGGCAGGAGACAGCUGCUCCUGGCCCCAUAUAAUCCUGGCCCUCUGCACCUAGCCCCUCUGCUCACAAAGAGUGAGGAGGGCUGACUAGUCAAAGUAUACACUUAUCCCUUAAUCAGAAGCCUGAUAAGCAGGUUCCUCCCUCUGAUCUGCAUCCAGUUGGUUGAUUGGUGGACCCAGGAAGAAAUCAGUGUGGCCUGGUCUCACUGUUGACCCAUGUCCACCCAUCAGUUUGCUGUAGUCCACAUCCACCUGGACCCAGAGGAUGGGCUUUUUGUUUCUGUUUAACCUUCAUCUCUAUGCACCUUCCCCAGAGCUUGCAGCUGGGCUUGAGAAUAGUGGCAGGGCCUGGGAAUGUGGAGGACAUUUAGGAGGUUGAGGGCAACAGGGUGUUUCAUUACUACUGCUUCCCCUAAGGAUAAAAUCAUGUGGUUAUUUUAAACUGUCACUUCCUAAAGUCACUCAUUCUGGUAUCAUGGAAAGUCUCUUUCUCCUCUCCUCUUGCCUUACUCAGACAUUUAUGAUCCAUUCAUUCACUCAUUCAGCAAAUAUACAGCCUCCCCCCAAGAUGAGUUCUUCUGUGGGCAUGGCCUGAAACGGUCAUGGAGUGUUGUUUAUUGAGCACUUGCUGUGUUGCUGAUUCCUAUGCCAGGCACUGCCUAGUCAGCAGGAAAAGAAACACAAUUCUAACCUCAUUCAUUCCUCUAGACACAAAGACCAUGUACCCCUUCCAGCCUGACAGGAAUUUUCCUUGUGUGUUUGCUCUGUGUGUGCCCCUUGUCACCAACCUAGGUUAUGCUUCUCUCUCCCUUCUAGAUCCCACCUCUGUCCAGUGUUGACCGUAGCUAGUGCUUCUGGCUCUACCACUCAGCCAGCAUUCAUUUCCUAGAUGGCUUUCCCUAGCCUUCUCCUUAUCUCUUCACUAGCCACCGGAGGGAGGAUUCUAGCAGGCUGGCUGUUGGCUAGCUGUUUCUGCUUGUUGCUGUUAAGUGUGAAACUACAAAGACACCAGAACCUCUGCAUCUCCCCCACAGGCUAUUCUGAACAGAUGGGAAAUCCCCACAUUCACACCUCUUAUCCAUGUGGGCAUUGGGAUACAGGCUUUUUCUAGCCUGUCUGUAACCUCUCCUUAAACUCUGCUCUGUGGCCUAAAGGAUCCACCUCCAAGCAAAAGCUAGGCCCUUGUAACAAGGAAGACCCUGUCACUUACCGGCACCAUGCCUUAUCUGAGGAACUUGCCUCAUCUUACCUCUAGAGGCUGGCUUUUUCUUCCCACCACCACCAGGCCAUUCCUAGAACGUUAACUAUAGAGGUCAUAUAGCUGGAGUAUGUCCAACAAGAGUUCAUUAACACCAGUGAGGCUUACUCCUGUGCUCCCUUCAGACCUUCUUUCAUCUUGUCCUCCACCUCCAAACACAGCUACACAGACUUUUGUACAGACUUCCAAACCACUCUCCUGCCCCAGUCGCUCACCCCUUCCUCAUCUUUGGAGUCUAGCUAGACUGCUUUGGAGGACUCUUUCUCCUCCUUUGCUGGGAAAGCACGGAGGUGGCAUGCCCCAGGCCCUGGGUGUGUGAACAGAGGUAGGGCUAUGGGGUGAGAGGGAAAGAAAAUGAAGUUGACUUUCAUUGAAAAUUCAUCUCUUCCUUCCUCCCCAAUUGCACAAAAUGCGUGUACUUUCGGCCUAGCUUCAAGAAGUGACGUUGGUUUACUCCUGUUUCCUUAAAAAGUUACAGAACGGUGUCUUAAGAGAAUUAUUUAUAGUUACUAUAACUGAAUUGACAUAUGUCAAUGUAACUGAUAAAUUAUAUUUGGUAAAAUAAAGAGGAUGUUUAUUUA